GUCAAUCACUGCCGCUGAACAGUGCAAUUGUCCGGGCGACUCAUUGCCCGCCGAGCAUUUUGCUUUCUGAGUGCCUUCCUCCCCAACACUCGUUUGGACGCCCGCUUUCGCACAUGACGUUCGUUUUACUUUUCUUUCGCUCUUGACCUGGCCCUGCCUUUGCAUUCUAGAGUGUAUUGUUUGACUGCGGUGAUACGGCUGCGAAAGCCCGUCCCCUUGUCCUUGUCGUUGUCGCCGCCACAGUGGUCUGAAGCCAGCCAGUCGGUCUAACUGGGUAAGCCUGGCGGUAGUGGUGACUUUUUGGGUGGAAAAGUCUGCGGGUUGCCCAUUGACACGAACACGGUCAACAACAAAAACGCCAGAGGGAACCGCACUCGAAAUCGUGUCCGACGGUUGCCCGCGCUGCUGAACGCACCCAACGCCCUCGGGACGUUGAGCACGGCCAGCUCCUGGCAGCGCCUCUAAAAUUAUGGCUCUCAAUCUCCCACCGUCUGGCAGCGGGAAUCAUGGGGGGUCACAUACUCAAGCUUCGCUGCCUUCGCUGCCCGCCCAUCUCCAGUCCGACACGCACCUGACAGCACACCUGGCCAGUCGCUUCCAUGUCUCGAUCCCUACUGCCCGUCUGUCUUCGCAUGCUCUCAUUUGCAUAAACACGUACACAAGCUCGACCAAGGGCGAUGGCUCCAAGGACUCCUGCGCCAUGUCCGCGGCCGAGGACAUGGCAGAGAGAGCUAUGAUCCGGCUGGGGCAUCGGUCUGAGAACCAAGCAAUUCUUUUUCUUGGUGAAUCCGGCUCGGGAAAAACGACGGUUCGGUCCCAUCUGCUAACGUCGCUCCUCAACCGCUCGUCUACACCGCUCUCGGCCAAGGUUUCUCUUGCCGCCUAUGUUUUCGACACGCUCACCACCACCAAGACGGCCACGACACCAACAGCCUCCAAGGCUGGUCUGUUUUAUGAAUUACAGUACGAUACGUCGUCCACAACGAAUCCCAUUCUCAUUGGAGCCAAGCUGCUGGAUCAUCGGUUGGAGAGGAGCAGGAUAACGGACGUGCCGACGGGUGAGCGCAAUUUCCACGUGCUGUACUACCUCCUAGCGGGUACCAGUGCUGCCGAAAAGGCGCACCUUGGCUUCGACGCCCCUGGAACCUCGGACAAGAGGAGAUGGAAGUACCUAGGACAUCCGACCCAGCUAAAAGUGGGCAUCAACGAUGCCGAGGGCUUUCAGCUGUUCAAGACGGCUCUGAGGAAGCUCGAGUUCCCCCGGAGCGAAAUCGCCGAGAUCUGCCAGAUUUUGGCAAGCAUCCUGCACAUUGGCCAGCUGGAAUUCGAGACCUCUUCUACCACCGCCAUAACAGGGGAUGACAGUGGCGGCUUCUCGCACGAAGGCGGCCAGACCACAACCACGGUUAAGAAUAAGGAUGUGCUCGGCAUAAUCGCUGCUUUCCUGGGAGUCGGCGCCCAAGAACUCCAAACAACGCUAGGCUACAAGACCAAAAUGAUACACAAGGAGAGGGUGACAGUCCUUCUGGAUCCCGCCGGUGCUCGAGGUAACGCAAACGAACUCGCACGCACACUCUACUCACUCCUUGUUGCCUAUGUCAUCGAGAGCAUUAAUCAAAAGCUUUGCGCUGCUGAGGAGUCGAUCGCAAACACCAUCUCCAUCGUCGACUUCCCCGGCUUCCAACAGCAGUCUUCAACCAACUCGACUCUCGACCAGCUCCUGAACAAUGCCGCUACCGAAUCGCUGUACAACCUGACGCUGCAGAAUUUCUUCGACCGCAAGGCCGACAUUCUCGAGACCGAAGAGGUUUCUGUAGCCCCGACCAGCUACUUUGACAACUCAGACGCGGUCAAGGGGCUGCUGAAGCCUGGAAAUGGUUUGCUUAGCAUCUUGGAUGACCAGACGCGCCGUCACCGCACCGAUAUGCAAAUGCUGGAAAGCUUACGGAAACGGUUUGAGGGCAAGAAUCCCGCCAUCCAGGUCGGCGCGGCAACGGCCAAGCUGCCUGGGAGCAACUUCUACACCGAAAACACGGCCGCUUCUUUCACUGUCAAGCACUUUGCCGGUGAAGUGGAAUACCCGGUGAAGGGUCUGGUGGAGGAGAACGGCGAGGUCAUUUCGGGCGAUCUCAUGAACCUGAUCAACUCUAGCAAGAGCGCCUUCGUCUCCCGCCUCUUCGGUCAAGAGGUGCUGCAGACGGUGGUGCACCCGCAGGAGCGCACAACUGUCAUGCAAGCCUCGGUCAGCUCAAGGCCGAUGCGCGCCCCCAGCAUCAUGUCACGGCGCGGACGGCCGGGAACGGCGCGCAACCCCCGGGCGCGUGCGGCUGAGAGAGACAUGUCGGUUGAUCAGCGGAGUGACACCGGCGAAGGCGGCCGCUCAGCUGCUGGGCACACCGCGGAACAGGGAGCCUCGGGCCAGUUCCUUUCGGCGCUCGAAAACGUCACACGGUCCGUUACGGCGCCGGGCACCAACUGCUAUUUUGUCUUUUGUCUCAAGCCCAAUGACCGACGCAUCGCCAACCAGUUCGACAGCAAGUGCGUGCGCACGCAGGUGCAGACCUUUGGCAUUGCCGAGAUCAGCCAGCGGCUACGCGCGGCAGACUUUAGUUUAUUCUUGCCCUUUGGUGAAUUCCUAGGCCUUGCAGACGCCGAGACGGUGCUCGUCGGGAGCGAGCGCGAAAAGGUGGAGAUGGUGCUUGAGGAGAAGCGAUGGCCGAACAACGAGGUGGCGGUCGGCGCAACAGGUGUUUUCUUAAGCGAGCGGUGCUGGUUGGAGCUCAUGCAACUGGGCGAGAGCUACUCGCAGUCAGGCCGGUACGGGCCAUCGGAUCCCGGGGACGGCAGGACUACACCUGCCAACCCGUUCGAGGUAUCAAAGGAGCGCCUGCUCCUCUCGGCGGGCGCCACGCCGGGCAGCUUCGGAAACGAGAAGAAGGCGGGCUACUUUGGCAGCAACGACGUGGACGCUCGAUCCGAGGCCGGUGUCUCGGCUUUCGGAGGCGGUGACAUGUUCAAGAACUUGGACACACGCGAGCAGAUGGCUGACCGCGGCAACGAGAAGGACAUGGUGGAGGUAGAAGAGUACAAGGACAGCCCCAGCCGCAAACGCUGGGUCUUCGUGGUGUACUUGCUCACUUUCUUCAUACCCGACUUUGCCAUCCGGGUACUUGGUCGCAUGCCACGAAAGGACGUGAGAAUGGCCUGGCGCGAGAAGUUGGCCAUCAACAUGAUCAUCUGGUUCAGCUGUCUGCUGGCCGCCUUCUUCAUCGUCGUCUUCCCAAUGCUGAUCUGCCCGCGCCAGUAUGUCUACAGCCCCGAAGAGCUCUCCUAUUAUGACGGAAAGGAUGGACGGCCCGCAUUUGCCUCGAUCCGUGGUCAGAUCUUCGACAUUGGCGCCUUCGCACCCCGCCAUUACCCUCCUUACCUGCAGACAAAGUUGAUCACGCAGUACGGCGGCAUGGACAUUAGUUCCCUUUUCCCUGUCCAGGUAUCGGCCCUCUGCCAGGGCGACGGGGACUCGAUUGACGAAUCCGUGCUGCUCGACUACAAGGACUCUAACAUCACGGGCUCCGCAGCCGUUAUCAGCAGCCAAGAUCUCAACGCUAAAUACCACGACUUCCGCUGGUUCACCGGCGAUUACCGGCCGGAUUGGUUCUCACAGAGGUUCAAGAUGCUGCGAUCCAACUACAAAGUCGGCAACGUCGGGUACUCGGCUGAGUACGUACGCACGCUCAGCCAGAAGCAGCAAGUCAUUGCCAUCCUAAACAAUCGCGUGUACGAUUUGACCAAGUAUAUCUAUGGCGGGCGGAAACAACGGGUCCCGCCGGGGUACCCGGCGCCAACCGAUGCGACGGCGACCAACUUCAUGAACCAGCUCGUGGUAGAUUUGUUCCAGCAGAGGUCUGGCGAUGACAUCACUGCGCUCUGGCAGGCACUGGGUAUCAGCAAGGAGUCAAAACAGAAGAUGCAGCUCUGCCUUGACAAUCUGUUCUACGUCGCCGACGUGGAUACACGCAAUUCGGCGCAGUGCAAGUUCGCCGAGUAUUUGGUUCUGGCUGUGUCGGUCCUCCUUGCCACCGUCAUUGGCUUCAAGUUCUUCGCGGCGCUCCAGUUUGGUACUAAGAAUAUGCCGGAAAACCUCGACAAGUUUGUCAUGUGCCAGAUUCCGGCCUACACCGAAGACGAGGACUCGCUGCGGCGUGCUAUCGAUUCGGCGGCACGCAUGCGCUACGAUGACAAGCGCAAGCUGCUGGUCAUUGUCUGCGACGGCAUGAUUAUCGGUCAGGGCAACGAUCGGCCCACGCCGCGCAUCGUGCUGGACAUUCUAGGCGUGUCUGAGGCGGUCGAUCCAGAGCCCCUGAGCUUCGAGUCUCUGGGCGAGGGUCUCAAACAACACAACAUGGGCAAGGUGUAUUCUGGUCUGUACGAGGUGCAGGGCCAUAUUGUGCCUUUCCUCGUCAUCGUCAAAGUCGGCAAGCCGUCCGAGGUGUCUCGCCCCGGCAACCGUGGCAAGCGUGAUUCGCAGAUGAUCUUGAUGCGGUUCCUCAACCGCGUGCAUUAUAACCUGCCCAUGAGCCCCCUCGAACUUGAAAUGUACCAUCAGAUCCGCAACGUCAUUGGUGUCAACCCGACCUUUUACGAGUACAUGCUGCAGAUCGAUGCGGACACGGUCGUCGCCCCAGAUUCGGCCACGCGCAUGGUGUCGGCCUUCUUGGACGAUACACGCCUCAUCGCCGUGUGCGGCGAGACGGCCCUGACCAACGCCAAGUCGUCCUUCAUCACCAUGAUUCAGGUAUACGAGUACUACAUCUCGCACAACCUGUCCAAGGCGUUCGAGUCGCUGUUCGGUUCCGUAACGUGCUUGCCCGGUUGUUUCUCAAUGUACCGCAUCCGCGCCGCAGAGACAGGCAAGCCUUUGUUCGUCAGCCGUGAGGUGGUUGAGGCUUACUCGACCAUCCGGGUCGACACGCUGCACAUGAAGAACCUGCUGCACCUGGGUGAGGACCGCUUCCUCACGACGCUGCUGCUUAAGUACCACUCCAAGUACAAGACCAAAUACAUCAUGAGGGCGCACGCGUGGACCAUUGCCCCCGACUCGUGGAAGGUGUUCCUCUCGCAGCGCCGCCGCUGGAUUAACUCGACCGUGCACAACCUGAUGGAGCUCAUCCCCAUGAACCAGCUGUGCGGGUUCUGCUGCUUCAGCAUGCGCUUCAUCGUCUUGAUCGACCUGCUCUCAACCGUCGUCCAGCCCGUCACCAUCGCCUAUAUAGUGUAUCUCAUCGUCAUGGUGGCGCAGCGGUCGACAGUGGUGCCCAUCACUGCCUUUGUGCUCCUCGCCGCCAUCUACGGCCUGCAGGCCAUCAUCUUCAUCUUGCGUCGCAAGUGGGAAAUGAUUGGCUGGAUGAUCCUGUACGUGAUCGCCAUCCCCGUCUUCAGCUUCGGCCUGCCGUUGUAUGCAUUUUGGCACAUGGACGACUUCAACUGGGGCAACACGCGUGUGGUCGCUGGCGAGAAGGGCAAGAAGAUUGUCAUUUCGGACGAGGGCAAGUUUGACCCGGCGAGCAUCCCGCGCAAAAAGUGGGAGGACUACCAGGCCGAGCUGUGGGAGGCGCAGACGAUGCGCGACGAUGCUCGGUCGGAGGUCUCGGGCUACUCGUACGCCACUCGGCCCAACGUUGCCAUGUCGGAAUACGGCGGCUACACGCCCAGCCGGCCGGGCUCCAUCGCCGGCGGCUACGUGCCUCCCAUGCCCGCCGCGGCGCCCAGCAGGCUGUCGCUGGCUCCGUCCGAGAUGCUGGGAGGGGCGGGCAACCGGGUUAGCCAAUUUGGUGGCUCCCAGUUCCUGGGCCAGAGCGGGUCCCAGCAGGAGCUCGAGAUGUCCAACCUCAACGUGCCCAGCGACGACGCGCUGCUGGCGGAGAUUAGGGAGAUUCUGAGGACGGCGGAUCUGAUGACCGUCACCAAGAAGGGAGUCAAGCAAGAGCUUGAGAGGAGGUUUGGCGUGCCUCUUGAUUCGAAGAGGGCGUAUAUCAAUAAUGCCACCACAGCGAUUUUGUCGGGGCAGUUGUAGACUGCAUUUCUUGUUUAUUUUGUCGUCUCUCGGGUUUUGGAUGGCACGUCUUUACUUUUUCUCUCUGUUAUCCCAGCGCAAUGGACUAAACAGUAACCGGAGUGGAUGAAUUGAAAAACUAAUUUAAUGCUUUUGCAUGGUCUAUCCUAUCCUCGCUGAGAUGAAAGAGGCAAGUUUCUUUCGUUCAUGGGAUCUCUCGUCGUCUGCCGUGAAAAGAAAAUGGUUUCUGGUCUCUGGUCUUCCUGUGAUUUCUGUGUCCACCUGUCAAUCUCAUACAUCCUGUUUUCCUGUGUCGUCGUCGUGGCUUGCAUGUUGGAAGAAAGGGGCAUCUAUUCAUCCACCUACCUAUGUAUGUACAUUCUCUCUUGGUAUGGAUAGCUUGACUUGCUGUAGAUAAUGCAUGGUAAUGAGAAGAAGCUAUUGUGCUGUACUUGAG